UUCAAGUAAAGGUCGUAGUCGCUUGUUUUCUAAUCAUAAAGAACCAUGACUCCUGGUGUUGAUAUUAACGUCACCUACAUCUGGAAUAAGAGUGAAAUUUACGUGGACGCUAUUAAGAAAAUACAUGUAUCAGACGUGAUUUAUGUCGUUCCGAUAAAUUACACAAACAAAAUGGAUCCCACGAAGACCGUUCCAAGUUUGCUUUACGUGUGCUCCAAGGACAGCGUGUUUAUUUUCGAUCUAAUCAUGCUUCAAGAAAAUGGAUUAACUCAAGAAUUGUUGGCAAUUCUCUAUUCGGACAUGGUUAAAUACGUUUAUUCCAAACGUACAACUUUUAAUCGUUUGGGAUAUUCUAGUUGGCAUCAUUUCGUUAACGUCUUUGAUAUCGAAGGAACUGGACCGCAAUUUUCGCCAUUUUGUACUGGAGACAAUGCAAUGGUGGAAAUUCGUAUUGAGGACGUUGAUUGGAGCGUACGCCCUUUUCAAGCAAAUGAACAAAUCCUAGCUGGAUAUCGCAUCCAGCGAUUGAUGACGUCAGCUAUGAAGAAUCGUCUUUUAGUCUGUUUAUGUUAAUAAAUAUAUUAACUCAAUAAAUAAUAAAUAUAUUUGUGGAA